AUGACAGACCAACCCGCAAGAUCUGCUCCAGCACCAGCACCAGCACCACACGAAUCACUACCCGAACAACCAGAAGUCGAAUCCACCAUCUCUUCCCUCAUCUCCACAAAUCGUCGUUCCGCUACAGAUUUCGCCGUCAAAAAGCACUCUGCUGAGGCAGCAAAGAAUUGGGACAAGUUCUACAAGAAUCAUCAGGAUAAAUUCUUCAAAGAUCGUCAUUGGACUAGUCGAGAGUUUUCUUCUCAGCUUCCAUCUGCUUCUUCCUCCUCCUCUUCCACUUCCACGCCCUUGACGGCUUCUUCUUCGACCGGAAAGGCAAAGGGCGAAGAUGACAGGGAAGAAGAAACAACCUUAGUCUCGCAACAAGUUGGCAACGAAUCUGGAGUUCUCCUAGAAGUAGGCUGUGGAGUGGGAAACAUGCUUUAUCCACUCCUCAAUACCAAUCCUUCUCUUCGUGUACACUGUUGUGACUUUUCAUCCCGCGCGGUGGAUCUGGUCAAGUCUCAGCCACAAUACGAUCCAGCAAGAGUAAACGCUUUCGUUUUCGACCUAACCUCCCCUUCUCCACCCCUCUCGACCUUCCUCUCUGUUGCACCGUAUAAUACCUGGCCUAGCGUCACCACAAUAAGUUUGAUCUUUGUACUUUCAGCUAUCCCUCCAAAUCUUCACGCCCAAGUCCUGCGGUCUCUCAAAGCAUUACUACCACAAGGAGGACAUAUCCUGUUUCGAGACUAUGCAUACGGAGACCUAUCCCAAGUCCGAUAUCACACCAAAAAAGAUGCUGCUUGGGCAGAACCUUCGCUCCUAACCCCAGAUCCGGAACACAACUGGUACCGAAGAGGAGACAAUACUUUCAACUACUUUUUCCGUAAGGAGCAACUAGAGGAGCUGGCAAGACAAGUAGGGCUAGAGGCGGAAGUAGAAGUGUUAAGAAGAACAGCGAUCAACAGAAGGAGUGAGGUUAACAUGCAACGUCGAUUUGUUCAGGCUAAAUGGUACGUCCCUCCCACCGAAUCACCGUCGUAG